AUGACAAAUAUUAGCAACUGCUCGUCCAUAGAUGACUUCCGCAACCAGGUUUACUCCAUAUCCUACAGCAUCAUCACUUUGCUGAGCCUCACUGGGAACGGCUUAGCCCUGGUGGUGCUGAUCAAGACGAACCGCCAGAAUUCCCCCUUCCACGUCUACAUGAUUAACCUAGUUGUGGCUGAUCUGCUGUGUGUGAUGACGCUGCCACUGCGAAUUAUCUACUUUGUCAGAGGGGGCAUCUGGAGCAUGGGGAAUUUCCUCUGUACCUUCAGCUCCUAUGCUCUCUAUGUAAACCUCUACUGCAGCAUCUACUUCAUGGUCGCCAUGUCGAUCACGCGUUUCCUGGCCGUUGUCUAUCCCGUGAAGAACCUGCAGCUGAUGACAGUGAGCCGUGCUCGCCUGGUGUGUGCUGGCAUCUGGUUGUUUAUCUGUCUUUUAUCGUCUCCCUUCCUCAUGAGGGGUCAAUAUAUAGACACUACCACAAAUACAACCAAGUGCUUCGAUGCUCCGAACGGUGAAGUCGGUGAUACACUCAAAGUGCUGAGCUAUUUGUCUCUGGUGAUAGGCUUUGUCCUGCCAUCACUGGUGAUACUGCUUUGCUAUGCCGGCAUUAUCCACACCCUAGUGUCUCGCUCCCGACUGUCUCGCACCCUUUCUGCUCAACGACAGCAGCGGGCCAUGGGCACAAAAGCCAUUCGAAUGAUUGUCAUCGUCUUGUUGACAUUCACAAUCAGCUACAUGCCUUACCACGUGCUGCGAACCGUCUUCCUGUCCCGGGUUCACGACAGCUGCCAGGAGAGGAUCAAAAUGCAGAAGUCUGUCGUGGUGACACUCUGCCUGGCCGCUGCCAACACAUGCUUCGACCCACUGCUGUAUUAUUUCUCUGGAGAGGGUUGUCGCAGCCGCUUUUUCUCCUGUGCUACUCAGUCGCAGACCCAGAAUCUGAGAGAAACCACCCGAAGGUCAGUUAACUCCCAACAGACAGGAAGUCGUCAGGCAUCAAUGUCGGGAUAUGUUAAAGGAAAGAGUUCAGGAUGACCUGUUGCCUCAUUAGUCAUCAGGGAAAGAGUCAAGAAGAACAGAUGUAAGAUAACGUAUGACAGAAAGAGAUUUAACAGAUUUUACGGUGUGUCCAAACUUUUGACUGGUACUGUAUCUGUUGAGUAAUUUUUGACCAUCCUCCUUAAUGCAUAUACUACAAUAUAUUAUGUUUAUUGUGUACCACAUAAUAUCUUGACAGAAUAGUGCCUGUCUAAUUUCACAGAUACUACCUUCUCUCUCUAAGCAGUAA